AUGAAAAAGACGUAUAGGCCACUGAAAAGGAUAAUUGAGAAUGUAGAACGAUACAAGAACAAAGUGGUUGACAUGGAGAGCAUGCUGAAGAUAAAGAGGGAUGCAGAUGGAAUAGAAAACAUAGAUGAGUAUUGGAGUGCAGCUGGGAAGAUACUGGAGACAUCCCAGGUCAUGGGAACAGAGGAGUGUGUGAAGAUGCUUGAGGAGAAUAACAAAUGCAUGAAUGACGAUAAGCAUAAACUAGAAACAAACAAAGUUGAUGAGUCAAUUAGGAAGCCACUUUCAAUGGAUGGAAUUGAGUUUAGUGCUGAGACAGUUGACCUACAGAAUGCAUUUAUCAAGACAUCAAUCAUCAAGGAAGAGACAGAUUGCAGUGAUUUGGAAGCAGGGGCCAUAAAGGAGCAGAUAAAAAUCAAGGAUUCUGAGGAGUUUGUGAUACCAAAGUAUAUUGAAGAUGAAGUAGAUAAUGAGAUUGACUUUGGAGAUGAAUUUGGUCACAAUGUGUCUGUUCAGAAUGAUGCAUUGGAAGACGAAACCAUCCAUAUUGCCGCUAAUCACGUGGAGCCUGACAACUUCGAUAAGUCUGACACACAAAACAGUCAAUUGAAAAAUGAGAAACAAGAAGAAAACAAAAUGGCACGAAUGAAAUUAACACGACCAAGAAAGACACCCGUAAAGAAGAGAGUCAGAGACUCGCCAAAGAAAGCAGCUAAAAAGACAGCAAUAAAGACAAGAAAGACAAAGGCUGUUUCUGGGGUACAGAGAAAACAAAAAAGGCUAAUUAGGCCACUUCCAUCCAUUUCGAAGUCGAUUCUGAAUAACAGCCUGGAUGCCACCCCAAGAAAAACAGCCCCUAAAACCACAGUCUCCAACUGCUUCAAAGUGGUCAAAAUCAGCAGUGACUUUAAGAAUGCGAUAUUGUACCUGGAACAGGAGGCCUACACGCACAUGCACACUGCCGAAACAAACAUGACAUUCUUCGUGGAGAAGGGGACUGUUGCUGCCACCAUCAACAACAAAGAGCACAGUUAUAAGUCAGAGGAGUCAUUUACAGUUGAUAAGAAUGACCGAUACAAGGUGACUGGCAAGUCACAAGGUGGAACCACCCUGAAUGUGGUCUAUUUGAGGUAG